AAAAACUAUUCUAUUUUGUGUUGAAAACGAAUAUAGAUCCGCGCGUUAAGAAGUGAACAGUAAAAUGGCGGAAAUCGGGCAUCUCAGGGAAUUUUCACCGAUAAGUAGUGACUGGUCUAUCUUCAAGGCCCGUUUGUUAAACUAUUUCGCUGCAAACGGAAUAAAAGAAGAGAAAGAUGAAGACAGAAUGAAGGCGAUAUUAUUAAAUACAUGUGAUGAAGAGGCAUACAAAUUAAUAUUCGAUUUGGUAAGUCCUGAGAAACCGGAACAAAGGACAUUUGGCCAGUUGAUCAAGGUGUUCGACGAAUAUUUUAAACCGCAGCAGUCCGCAUUCGCUUUAAGAUACAAAUUUUAUGCAGCAAGGAAGGAAUAUGGAGAGACGGCAACUCAGUGGGCAGGCAGAUUGCGAAGACUGGUUAUCCCGUAUGCCAUCAAGUAAAGAUAGUGAUUUAUUUAAUGAUGACAAUAUUGAUAUAGACUACUGUUAUUUUUUAUCAAAAAAUACAGAUUUUUAUUUAAAUUUUGAAAUUUUACAAAAGGAAACAGCCUCUGACAAAAUUCUUAAAAAAGUCAUUUAUUUUAUUAAAAAAGGAUGGCCUAAAAAAGUGAAUGAUAUUUCGUUAAAGGCAUAUUUUGCUAAAAGAUUUGAAUUUGAUGUAAUUCAGAAUUGUAUAAUAUGGAAUCAUAGAAUUGUUAUUCCAAGUUCUAUGCGGCAGCAAGUAUUACAAGAGUUACAUAAAUCACAUAUGGGAGCUGUUAAGAUGAAAAGUUUAGCUAGAGGGUAUGUUUGGUUUCCAAAUUUAGAUGUUGAAAUUGAAAAUUUAACAAAAAAAUGUGACGCAUGUGUUUUGCAUUCAAAUAAUGCUCCAAAGUCGCAAAUAUCUCCAUGGCCUUGGCCAAAAGCACCUUGGGAGCGCAUUCAUAUAGAUUUUUUUGAUUUUAGAAGAAAAAAUUAUCUUGUAAUACUUGACGCUUAUUCAAAAUGGCUGGAAGUUUUCGAAAUGUCUAGUAUUACUUCUACAUUAACUAUACAAGCUCUUAGAAGAGUUUUUGCUACUUUUGGUUUGCCAAUUACUUUAGUUUCAGACAAUGGCAGACAGCUAGUAUCAGAUGAAUUCGAAAACUUUUUGGCAAAAAAUAACAUCAAACAUGUAACGAGUCCC